CCUCUCACUCUCCCCCUCUCUCCCUCUCUCUCUCUCUCUCUCCAGGACCCGAGGAGUAAACACAAAUUUAAGGUCCAUACCUACUCCAGCCCUACGUUCUGUGACCACUGUGGAUCCCUACUCUACGGGCUGCUACACCAGGGCAUGAGAUGUGACCAUUGUAUGAUGAACAUCCAUAAGAGGUGUGUGGCCAACGUUCCCAGUCUGUGUGGAACAGAUCACACUGAGAGGAGAGGACGCAUCCAGAUCACCGCCGAUAUCAAGGACAACAAACUCACUGUCACCAUCCAUGAAGCCUGUAACCUGGUGCCUAUGGACCCAAACGGUCUGUCUGACCCCUACGUGAAGCUCAAACUCAUCCCCGACCCCAAGAGUGACACCAAGCAGAAGACCAAGACCAUCAAGGGGAACCUCAAUCCUACCUGGAAUGAAACUUUCAAAUUUCCCCUGAAGGACUCUGAUAAGGACCGUCGUCUGUCGGUGGAGAUCUGGGACUGGGACAUGACCAGCAGGAACGACUUCAUGGGAGCGCUGUCCUUCGGCAUCUCAGAGCUCCAGAAACAAGGAGUGGACGGAUGGUUUAAGUUGUUAUCUCAGGAGGAAGGAGAGUACUUCAACGUUCCAGUUCCUCCUGAGGGGGAGGAGGGAAACGAAGAGCUGCGCCAGAAGUUUGAGGUGUGU